GAGUCCCCGCGUCCGGCUCGCCAGCCCCGGCCAUGGCCCUGGAGCGGGACGCCGAGCCGGCUGCGGGGCCCUCCCGCUGGCUCCCUACGCACGUCCAGGUGACGGUGCUGCGGGCCCGCGGGCUGCGGGGCAAGAGCUCGGGCGCCGGCAGCACCAGCGACGCGUACACGGUGAUCCAGGUGGGCCGCGAGAAGUACAGCACGUCGGUGGUGGAGAAGACGCACGGCUGCCCCGAGUGGCGCGAGGAGUGCUCCUUCGAGCUGCCGCCCGGCGCCCUGGAUGGCCUGCUACGGGCGCAGGAGACGGACGCGGGGCCGGCGCCCUGGGCCGCCGGCUCCGCCGCCGCCUGCGAGCUGGUGCUCACCACCAUGCACCGCUCGCUCAUCGGCGUCGACAAGUUCCUGGGCCAGGCCACCGUGGCGCUGGACGAGGUCUUCGCUGCAGGCCGCGCCCAGCACACGCAGUGGUACAAGCUGCACUCCAAGGCAGGCAAGAAGGAGAAAGAACGCGGGGAGAUUCAAGUCACCAUCCAGUUCACCCGCAACAACUUGAGCGCCAGCAUGUUUGACCUGUCCAUGAAGGACAAGCCGCGGUCCCCCUUCAGCAAGAUCAAGGACAAGAUGAAGGGCAAGAAGAAGUUUGACCUGGAGUCUGCCUCUGCCAUCCUCCCCAGCAGCGCCCUGGAGGACCCCGAGCUGGGCAGCCUGAGCAAGAUGGGCAAGGCCAAGGGCUUCUUCCUCCGCAACAAGCUGCGCAAGUCCUCGCUGACCCAGUCCAACACCUCGCUGGGCUCCGACAGCACCCUGUCCUCGGCCAGCGGGAGCCUGGCCUACCAGGGCCCGGCGGCCGAGCUCCUCACCCGCUCGCCCAGCCGCAGCAGCUGGCUGUCCUCCGAAGGCGGCAGGGACCCUGCGCCCUCCCCCAAGUUGCUUGCCCACAAGAGGACCUACAGUGAUGAGGCCAGCCAGGUGCGCGCCGCCCCUCCCCGGGCCCUCCUGGACCUCCAGGGCCACCUGGACGCCGCCUCCCGCUCCUCGCUCUGUGUCAACGGGAGCCACAUCUACAACGAGGAGCCCCAGGGCCCCCCGCGGCACCGCAGCUCCAUUUCGGGCCCCUUGCCGCCCUCCAGCUCCCUGCACGGCGUCUCUUCCCGGCCCUCGGAGGACACGCCUCGCUCUGCGGAUGACUCUUGGGGCAGAGGCAGCCGCAGCGCCAGCAGCUCAGAGGCAGCGGCCGGACAGGAGCGGAGCGUCCAGGCCAAAGCGCUGGCCGGCCGCUCCCGGGAGGAGGAGGGGGCCCUGCCCCCCGAGGGGAAGCCAGUGCAGGUCGCCACUCCCAUCGUGGCCCCCCCUGAGGCUGUGGUGGAGAAGGAAGGAGCCCGGAAGGAGGAGCGCAAGCCUCGGAUGGGGCUCUUCCACCACCACCACCCGGGGCUGAGUCGCAGCGAGCUGGGGCGCCGGGGCUCUGUGGGGGAGAAGGCGGCUCCCACUCUGGGGGCCUCUCCCCACCACCCCUCCAGCGGGGAGGAGAAGACCAAGAGCAGCUGGUUCGGUUUGAGAGAAGCCAAGGAACCUACCCAGAAACCCAGGGCCUCGAGGGCCGGCCCCGCCCCCCUGGCCUCCCCUGGGAAAGCCCUGCCUGAGUGGGACGACACCUUCAACUUCUUUGCUGCGAGCAGGCUUCGUCCAGAGGCCAGGAGCGAGAUCCUGGCCCCUGUAGGAGUGGGGCUGCAGGUGGCUGGGCUGCAAGAUCCAGGCCCCGGGGCCAUGACAGUGAAGGCAGCUGAGCCCCCAGGAGGCCCUGGGGGAGGAGGAGGAGGAGGAGGAGGAGGUGGUGGGAGCACCUCCUGGCCAGAGCUCGGUGUUCCCCUGGACUUGGGACUGGACCGACAGAGCAUGAGCGUGGCCGCCCUGGGGCCUCGCACGUCUGUCUGGGCUGGCCUGCCCGCCACAUCAGCCCAGCUGCACUCAGAUCCAGACGGGGAGCCGCCAGCCCCAGACGGGGAAGCAGGGCAGAGCUCAGCGGGCAGUGGGACGCCUCUCUUUAGCUCCCCAGAAGUGAUCAGCGUGUGGGAGAGGCUGCCCGGCCUUGACGACGCCCCCGAGGGCCAGGACCAGGAGGCCUCCCGGGCCGAAAGGCAGAUUUCCCAGCAGCUCAGCACAACGGACGACUCCUGGCCCUGGGACGUGGUCACCGUUUCUCCUGCCACAGAGACGGCCUCACCGGUCCUGCAGGGAGAAUCUGAAGAGCAGCCCCUUCCCCACGUACAGCCAGAAUUGCCGGAAACCAUUGGCCCCAAGGGGAGCGAGGGGCUUCCCUCCCUGGAGCUGGAGCCACAGCCUGAACCGGAGCAGAUGUUGGACAAGGGACUGCAGCCCAGCACGCCACCCCCCAAGCCACCGCGCCUCUUCACACCUUCCCAGUCCCUGGCCCGAGAGGAGGAGCAGGAGGACGAGAAGGCUGCUGGGGGACCGAGUGAUGCCGGGGCAGGGGGAGAAGACGCCGCCUCAGAUGUGCUUGCCGCUGGCCCCCAGGAGAUGCAGGGGGAGGGAGAGAAGCGGGAGUCGGAGUCUGACAGCCAUUCUUCCGGAACCCUGCUGGGAGAGCCAGGCCUGGAGGAUGGGGACGCCAGCGCCCCUGUGUCUGGGCCCUGCCUGUGUGCGCCCACCAGCUGUCCCGAGGGCCCUGCCCCCAAGUCCCCACUCUCAGCCAGCUUGAGUCAGCAGAUGUGGGGGGCUCCAGAGAGGGAAGGCCCUGAGGCUCCUGAGGCCCAGAGCCAGGGACCUGGAGGAGAGGGGCUGGAGCCCCUGUCGGUCACCCCCCAGCAGCCUGAUCUGUGGGCUGAGGAUGAUGCCCUGGACCCCUUGUCUCAGGGGAGCCAGGAUCCCCCCAGCCUCCCAUCCACAUCCCCACCAGGGUCCAGAGAAUCUUCUGUCCGCUCUGGUCCGGAAGAGCUGCCCACCCCUCCGGAGCCUGCCUUUCCACCCCCCCUCCCACCCUGGGCCAGCCACCGCCACGGGGGGCCUGACCCUUUGUGUUCUCCUGUGCCUGGAGUGUGGCCCCUGACCUCUUCCUCCCCACCCCCACGGGAGCCAGCCUCCCCCACUGGGAGUGCCCCUCCCCUACUCGGGGAGGACCACGCUGCAGCCACCCCAGCCUCCCCGCUUGUGCUUCUGCCCUUGGAGACACGGCCAGCUGAGGAGCCACAGCCCAGUGCCAGUCCCCACCCCGUGAAGCCCCUCAGCACGGCCCCCGCAGAGGGCAGCCCUGACAGGAAGCAGUCCCGCUCCAGUUUGAGCACAGCCCUGAGCAGCGGGCUGGAGAGACUCAAGACGGUCACGUCCGGCAGCAUUCAGCCAGUGGCUCCUGCACCCCAGCUUGGCCAGAGUGUGGACACCAGGAGGCUGAAGGACUCGGCUGUGCUGGACCAGUCGGCCAAGUACUACCACCUGACCCACGACGAGCUCAUCUGCCUGCUCCUGCAGCGGGAGCGCGAGCUGAGCCAGCGGGAUGAGCAUGUGCAGGAGCUGGAGAGCUACAUCGACCGGCUGCUGGUGCGCAUCAUGGAGACCUCGCCCACACUGCUGCAGAUCCCUCCCGGCACCCCCAAGUAGCCCUCCUCAUCCCCCUGCCCAGGGAGGGCCGGCUGGGACUGGCUGCCACACAGGACCCAUGCACCCUCCCAUGUUCCUGCUGAACACCGGCCUGGGGCAGGCCACCGCCCCGUGGCCACUCCCUGCUCCCCUCCCCCUCCUGCCUCUGCUGGGGCUGCUGGUAGGGAUGCAUCCAGCUCCAGGUGCGUCUCGCGUGUCUUUGGGAGCCCUGGGUCUUUCCCACCGGCCCACAUUCAUGCCCUUUAGCUUUCGGGGCACCAGUGAAUUGGAAUAAGGAAUUUGACCCUCAGGAUGGAGCCAGGGGCACACUGUGGUUUGAUGUGACUGGGAGGGGAUUGGUGGCUGGCACAGACUCCACCACCCCUACCCUGAGGAUGGUCGGCUGUUUCUUGCCACCACCAAACCCUCGUCCUCCAGCCCCCGGAGGGGCUCCUGAUGUCACUGGGAUGGGGACAGGGACCAUGCUACCCAUCUGAGGAACAACCAGGGUGCCUAUUAUUCAGCCGCACACCCAUCGCCCUGAGAGUGGGGAGCCUGUGCGGUCUAGCCUGGUCUCUGCCGUGUCCUGAGUCCUUUUCCAUCCUUGCUGCUGACGGAAUGGUCACAGUGGCAGGAGUGGAUGCAGUAUGUUCUCCAGGAUGCUCCAUGCCCCCUCUCAUGACCUUUCCACUGUGGGUCACCUGUGAACGUGUGGCAGGUCGGGGCGGUGGGCAGGGAGCUGCUCCUAGCUCUUCAGGUUCUCACGCCUCGGAUGUGUGGACCCCUGCAGGUCAGGGCUUUGGGCUGCUUAGGGUUUGGGGAUCAAGCCUCCGUGUCUGUUCUUGCUGCCUGUUCAGAUGCCAACACUCUGCUGAUGCAGGGUUUGAACUUUUGGAAACCAAUUAAAAUGUGCCUUUUGUGGGCGAGGUCCAGCGCCUCUGGUUGUAGACCUCUCCCCUGGGUGGUGUCCCUUUCCCUCCUGUUGAGCACAUGGGGAGGGCUCUGCCAGGACCUGGGACUGCCAGUGGAGGGUGGGGGCAGCCCUGCUGUGUGCCCUCCCCUCUCCUGGAGUUCAUCUCUGUUAAGGGUCUGGCCAGGCUGCUGCUGCUUCCUCGGCUACCUUCUCCAGUUGGGGAUCUGAGGAUAAACUCACUGAUGGGCAGGGCGGCCUGCGGCUGCCCUGUGCUCUCAUUCAGUCUGACCUCAGGCCUGGAAGUGGGAAGUCCGCUCUGCUUUUGUGAGACACCUAAGCUUAGGGAGAAGCCUCGGUUGCCCUUCCAUCCACCCACAAAGCUGCCAUCCCUGUCUGUCCCUUCGCCCACAUGGCCUUGCCUCGCAGUACACUUUGAGGUGAAGUAUCUGUCCUUUGGCCCACAGCCCCUCAUUUCUUGUAGAAAACAGCGGGCUUCCCCCGGGCUUCUGCAGGGGACCUCUAUUUUUUUUUUUGGGGGGGGGGGCGGUGUUAGCAAAAGCUGGAGGACGAGGAGGUGCUGAAGGGAGAUACUUCUGGCCCAGGGAGGAGGCACCGGCUCCUGUGGGACCACCUCUCCGUGGGAGGGCCUGUGGGCCGUCUCCAGAGGUGCAGCAGAGGGGAAAGCCCCUGUAGAGUUAACCCACCUUGAGGUGCCCUCAUCAGCGCUGGUCAGACAAGUAGCCACAGGUGCCUGGGACGGCAGUCACGUGUCAGGAGGGUCAUGAGGAACCGGACAGAGAGCUCUUCUGGGGGAGGAGGUCACUCCCCUGCUAGGUGUCCCUCUGGACUCCAUCCCGUCCCAGCCCCAGCUCUGAGCUCCCACUGCUCCUUAACCAUGAGCCUCCCCUGUGCCCAGGGCAGGCAUGUGACCCAUGGUUCUUGCUUGAUGUUUCUGCUGGCCACAAGUUGGAGCAGAGCUGCAGGUGGGCUGGGCGGGGAGCAGGUGAAGUUCUGCUUUGCUGUUUGUCUUCCUAGUUGUAGCUCCUGUUUAUAAAGAGCUUGUUCUUCAUGUUUUGAGCACUUUAUGAAGAAUAAAACGUUCACGGACUG